AUGCUGCGGCUGCGCCGCGCGAAGCUGCUGGGCACGGCGCUGGGCCCGUGCAGUGGCCCCGCCACGUGCCACGGAGUCUCGCGGUGGCUCAGCGACAAGACAGGCGGCUCCUUCAACCUCUCGGGCUUCCUGGGGGAUGCGUUGAAAGACAGCGACUCGCUUCUCAAGAGCAAAGUCGACCGAGGAAGCGGCCCCUCCGGCGCGCCGCGGCGGAGAGAUGGCCUCUGGGACGUCGUAGUCGUCGGCGCGGGCCCCGCGGCGUACACCGCAGCUCUGUACAGUGCGCGGAAUGCACGCAGGACGCUCGUGCUGCAGGGCGACGGGCCGGCGGGGCAGCUGAGCACGACGAAGGAGGUGGAGAACUACCCGGGGUUCCCGCAGGGCGUGCUCGGCCCGGAGCUCGUCGAGCGGUGCCACGAACAGGCCAGGGUGUGCGGCGCGGAGUCGGAAAACAGCUGGGUCCGCAAGGUCGAUCUGGCGCCGGACGGCGCCGCGGAGCGGUUCCUGCUCACCGUCGACGCAGUGGGCGGCUCGCAGCAGCUUGCGACGCGGGCGCUGAUCGUUGCCACCGGCGCAGACGCGCGGCGGCUGGGCUGCCCCGGCGAGGACGAGUACUGGACGAAGGGCGUCUCUGCGUGCGCGGUGUGCGACGGCGCGCUCCCCAUGUUCCGCAACAAGACCGUCGUGGUCGUUGGCGGCGGCGACAGCGCCAUGGAGGAGUCUCUCCACCUGACUAAGUACGCCAGUAAAGUGCUGGUCGUGCACCGCCGGGACAAGCUACGCGCGAGCAAGGUCCUCCAGGAGCGCGUGCUGCGGCACCCGAAGGUGGAAGUCGCGUGGAGCAGCCGCGUCAGGAGGAUUGUCGGGAGCGGGGGAGUGGUGGGGGGGGUCGAGCUGGAGGCGACGGCGGAGGGCGGGGCGGAGGGGACGGUCGAGGUGGCCGGCGUGUUCAUGGCGAUCGGACACACGCCGAACACGGGCUUCCUGAAAGAGUCCGGGCCACCGUUCAGCGGCGUCGUGGACGACGCGUCCGGGCUGCUGCGCGUCACUGCGGGCUGCACCGAGACGGGCGUGGCCGGGCUGUUCGCGGCCGGGGACGUGGCGGACGGGAGGUACCGGCAAGCGGUCACGGCGGCGGGCACGGGCUGCAUGGCGGCGCUGGACGCGGACCACUACCUGCAGCAGACGGAUAGCUAG